CAGAAUCAUGCCAUCCAUCCAGCCAACUCCGUACCCCGAGGACGCCUCCGGGAAGUCCCAGCCCGACUACAUCGAAAAGACCGAACUGGGCCUCAGCGACGAGCCCGGCAGUACGCUCUCGCAACAACAUAAGACCUACCUGUUGCAGCGACAUGGCACGUUGGACCUCGAUCCAGUCCCCAGUAUGGAUCCAGCGGAUCCAUACAACUGGCCAUUAUUCAAAAAAAUCAUGAACCUCCUCCUGGUCGCUUUCCACGCUUGCAUGGGCACUUUCACCGCCGCUGCAGUCAUACCGGCCUACGAGGACAUUGUGGCCGAUCUUGGCGUUUCCCUCCAGCGCGCGAGCUACCUCACAUCCCUUCAGAUAGCCAUCCUUGGCGGCGCCCCGUUGUUCUGGAAGCCCCUCUCCCACCGAUUCGGACGUCGCCCAGUCUUCCUUCUCUCUCUGCUGCUCAGCUGUGUCUGCAAUAUCGGCUGCGCAAAGAGCCCCGACUAUGCCUCCAUGGCGGCGUGUCGGGCCUUGGUGGCGUUUUUCAUCUCCCCCGCCAUGGCCAUCGGCAGCGCCGUCGUCACGGAGACGUUCUUCCGGCGCGAGCGCGCAAAGUACAUGGGGAUCUGGGCGGUGAUGGUCACAUUGGGUGUUCCCAUAGGGCCUCUAAUCUUUGGUUUCGUGACGCAGCGGGUGGGAUACCGCUGGAUCUACUGGACCCUGGCAAUUACCAACGGCGUCGAACUCAUUCUCUACAUCUUCUUCGGCCCCGAGACCCGUUAUAUCGGCGCUGAAACGACCUCCGCCUUCCGCCGCGAAUACUUGACCCUCAAGCGAAUCGACCCCUCCCCAUUCCGCAUCUCCGAGUUCUACCACCCCCUCACCUUAAUCACCAACAUCCCCGUUUCAAUCGCCGCAGCCUCCUACGCAAUGGUCUUCCUUUUCGCUUCCGUCAUGAACUCCGUCGAGGUCCCCCAGCUCCUCCAGGUCAAAUUCGGCCUCAACGCCGAACAACUCGGACUACAGUUCCUCGGCCUGAUCAUCGGCUCACUUCUCGGCGAACAGCUUGGCGGAGUUCUAUCCGACACCUGGAUGAACAUUCGCGCAAAACGGAUAGGUCACCGUCCGGAGCCGGAGUAUCGCCUCUGGCUGAGUUAUAUCGGGUAUCUCCUUACCAUCGCAGGCAUGGUUGUUUUUCUGGUAUGUACGGAAAACGCGACGGAGGGGAAGUGGACCGUCUCUCCUGUUAUCGGGACGGGCAUCGCCGCGUUCGGGAAUCAGGUCGUUACGACCGUCUUGAUUACCUAUGCCGUGGAUACGUAUCCUGUCGAUGCGGGGAGUGUGGGCGUUUUUAUUAACUUUGUGAGGUCGACCUGGGGGUUUAUUGGGCCGUUUUGGUUCCCGGAUAUGUUCGAUAGCGUAGGUAUCGCGAAUAGCUCGGGUGUCGUCACGGCGUUGAUCAUGGGCGCGAGCUUUAUUCCUACGGUUGUCCUUCAGUGGCAAGGUCGGAAGUGGAGGAAAGAUGUCAGUUAGAAGCAUGAUAGUGACGCAGGUCAUGAUUGCUUCUGGAAUGCGAAGGCCGUGUCUUUCGUCCUUCUCAUCCUUUUCUUUACAUUAGUCAACUUCAACUAACCGGAAUACUUUAAUCUCAGUAC